AUGAUCGAGGGGAAUUCCAAGUGCCGUCCAUUGGUGCCGUCCAUUGGCACCGUCCAGGUCACGCUGCUCGACCCGGAUCUCGUCUCAAAAUUCACUAAAAAUGCAAAUCGCCUCCAAAAAGCCAACACCACCUCUUUUACUCUAGAUAAUGUCGAUGAUGAUGCGAGAGAUGGUCUCCGCGAUGUGUUUUCGUUCGGCUUCCCAGUUUGGACGAGUGGUCACGUUCAUGGGCCGUUGGGGUGGACGUGGCCCUCGCAG